AUGACUCCGCGACCCUCACCAGAGACUCUCGGCCUCUUGCGACCCCCCUUGUUCUCCCCCCCGUGGUGGCCUCCGUGCCAACGUGUGAGUCAACGUGAAGGCUCGCAGCUCUCAGCCCACGUUCUUGGCCGAAGAGCUCUGUGGUCUCCAGGGCUUCAUUCGGUGCUUCUCCACAGCCUCUGUGAACAUCAACGUGGGCUUCCGCCCCGCGUCCUGCCCGUGGUGGAGAAGGUCCGCUGGGCUUUCCCCGCGACGACGAAGCCAAUCAACGAUGGGGUCAACGAGGUCUUCCCUUCAAACAAGGCUUUGGCAGAUGCCUCGGGAAGCUCGGAGGCUGCAGAUGUCCACGAGACCUUCCUCAGCCACCGUCCAACAAACAGUGUGGGGCUGGAGGAGAAGACAACAACGCAAACCCACAGGAACCGGAGGUCCCUCAACAACCGUCUGAGCUUCUUCCUUCAGGAUGACAUCAACGGAAUGGGCUGCAUCGCCUUCCCAUGGACCUCCGAGUCCACCUCCCGGGGGAUGAGGUCGCUCCGAGCCCCAACGUGGCCUUCAACACUUCCAGCGAUGGCGCAACCACAGCUCCUCUGGACCUCGAAAGCCCUCAGCACAGGGAGGUGGUGGAGCGAAGCCCCGGAGAUGAUCCGAGGGCUGCAGGACCUCCUGGGCGAGGAGACAGGAGUUGGAGCUCCUCCUUCUCCGGUGGUGUCCAAAGCGCUCGAGGUGGGAUUCCGGGAUGUUGUCCUACUUAAAAUAUUCAUAGCUCGCAGCACGACGCGUGUCGAGGUCGGGAGGAGAGCGUUCCUCAGCCCUCGGAAUUACUCCUGAAAUCCCAACAUCCCAUCAUUUAUUGAUGGAGCUUUUCGUGUCAGACAAUUCCCACCUGGAGGUGCCUUUGGAUCCACACGACUUCGGCUUCCAAAGAAGAUCCUGUGGUGGCUUCUCCUCACGCUUUGCCAAGGUUGGAAUCCUGGUGGAGACGCCAGAGCGCGAGAGGUUCCUGCGGGCGCUCCGGAAGGACCUGUUGAUGCCAUCAAACCCAUGAAACCGGACUGUAGAUCUUCAGAAGAGACCUUCUCCUGGGAAGGGUAAAUCGGCUUUAAUUCAUCCUUGGAGGGGAUUGAGAAGGAGACUUUGGGGAUGAAAAAGCUUCAUUUGGAGCUUCCGGGGUGGAAGUUUUGAGGCAAUGGUGGAGGAGAAGCGAUGGCUCCGUCGGAAGAUCUCCGGAGUGGCAUCUGGAAUGGGUUUGUGGUGACCCCAAAGGGGAUGGGACAGCGGUUCCUCUUAAAAAAGAGGAGCUUGAGGUGGGAUGGGAGAAGGAAAUGUUCUCCUCUGGAGAACCCCGGAUGGGGUUGUCCACAGCGGCGGUGGCCGCCCCAUCCCUGGAGGGGUUGAAGGCCACGUUGGAUGGGGCUUUUCCAACAGCUCUGGGAAGCGCGGGAGAAGGUCUCCGGCGUCAUGAGCGGUUCCUGCUCCGGGCACAGGUGGGUCUUAGGUUGGAAGGGACCUCCAAGCGCAGCCCAUUCCAUGACCAUGGCCCCAUCCCGCUGGCUCCGGUUGCUCCGAGCUCCAUCCAACCUGACCUUCAACAACGGAGAACGUUUCUUCCGAAGAUCUCUUCUCCGUCUCCCCUUUCGCAGCUCAAACCGUUCUCCUACAGAAGGUUCCUCAGACCAUCUCCAGG